AUUUCAAGCCUUUAUUCUUGCAUUUUUAUGAGUAGUCGGUAGCACCGCUCUUCUUUUCUCUUUACAGCUAUUUUUUCAUUAAACUUUUUUCUUCCUUUUUCACCUUUUAUUCCGCCUAUAUUCCCUCUAUCCCUACUAUACCUUCCUCAUCUUUCGCACACCUAGCUGCCUUCUCUCGCACCUCCUUUCCACCUCAUUACGCACUCACCUAUCCACACCCUUCUCUUCACCUUUCUCCUCGCACACACAAAACACAGCACUCAUUCUUCUGAUGAACUCUGAGUACAGCACACCUACGCUUUCGCAGCAGCACUCGCCCAUGCUUAUGAACAUUCAGUACGCACAGCAGCAACAGCAGCAGCAGAUGGCUUCGGGCACAUCCGAAAUUUCGAUUGUGGCCCCAUUCAACCUCGCCCACUCGCAGAUGGACAUCAACACUCCCACAACGGCGGUCGACAUCAACAGCGCGCACUUUGCUUAUCUCAAGGAUGCGUUCCCCGCGCGCCCUUUCUCGCCAUCGACAAUGGACUUUGCGAGCAUGAACAUUGCCUCGGGCUACCACACGCCGCUGCCGGCCACACCAGUGGCUCUUACGCACCAGCAGAGCCAGCAAAUUCAGCAGAGCCAGCAGCAGGUCGCCCAGCCCAACACACCUCCCCAGUCAGACGUUUCCAGCAAUGUCUCGGGAAAUGCUGCACCCAGCCCUUCUGUAAAUGCUUCCGACAGUGCCCCCAGCGAAGCUACUCUGACCACAGACUCGGCGACAAUCCUCAGCAGCGACAAGCCCGAUUUCUCGUACGCAUCGCUGAUUGCCCAGUCGCUCGAAGACGCACCGUUGCAGCGCAGGACUCUCAACGGGAUUUACGAAUGGAUCCAGGAGAACUUCCCGUACUACCGUACGCGCCAGAACUGGCAGGUAAGCAUUUAUUAUCUUUGUGACCAAUUGGUCGUCCCUCCCCCAUUGUGCUUGCUUUCCAAUGCAUGCCUCGAAGACCAUUGUGCCUAUUAUUCUUUGUCCCUUCCGCUACAUGCGCUGCCCAACGGUUUUGAGCAUGGCGCCCGACGCACAUGUGCACCGCUUGCUGACCUGCGAUUCAUGUACAUGCCGGCACGUCAUGCGGUGUCCUAGUGUGAUGAUUUAUCAUACAUCACAAAUUGGC